AAUAAUUUAUAUAUUUUUUUAAAUAAUAAUUUACUUAAAAAUGGAUGAGGAAGGAGAAAAUAUACUACUUGAAGAAAAUUACUAUCAGCUACUAAAUGUCUCUAAAACGGCAACUCCAGAGGAAAUCAACAGUGCAUAUCGCAGGUUUUCACGCAUGUUUCACCCUGAUAAACACAGCACAGAUCCUAUCAAACAGAAAUGGGCUGAACAGAUAUUCAACAAAGUAAAAGAUGCCUAUGAAGUGUUAUCAGAUUCACACAAGAGGGCCAUUUAUGAUACACUAGGUAAACGUGGUUUAGAAGUAGAUGGUUGGGAAGUAAUUUUCAGAACUCGUACACCCAGAGAAAUUAGGGAGGAAUAUGAACGACUAAAGCGUGAGAGAGAAGAACGAAGGCUUCAACAAAGUGCCAAUCCACGUGGAACAAUCACUCUAUCAAUCAACGCAACUGAUAUGUUUAUGAAGUAUUACGAUGAAUAUGAAAUUCUAGAAGACAGUGCAGUAAUCCCUAGUAUUGAAGUGUCGGGUAUGACUAUACAGCAAUCAAUAGAUGCACCGGUCACAUUGAGAAAUACUAUGACUUUAUCAGGAAACAUAUCAACACAGAAUGGAAUUGGUACAGGAGCAGUGAAUGUUUGUAACCGAAAUCUAAGUUCAGAGAAAGGUUGGACUGAAGUUGAGUUUGGAAUUGGCAAUGGACCACUUGUAGGCUUCAAAAUAUUCCGGACGCUGUCAAGAUUAAUGUUUUUAAAUUGUGGCACAGUCCUUCAGUUUACGCCUCGAGGGAUAUCGCCGAGCCUUAUUUCAACGAUGGCGCUUCAACUAGACGCACACUCUGUAGGAUAUCUCACGUACCGAGCCGGGGGACAGAGCGGGUCCUCGAUGACGUCGAUAUACGUCAGAGAUUCAGAGAAAUACCAUACAAACACAGCCAUACAAAUCGGGAAUCCACACUCGUUCAUAUCACUCAAUAUUAUGAGGAAACUGCCGCAACACGAUAUGAAAUUGCGUUUAGCUUUGAAAUUUGGCACGUUUGGUGCUAUAGCUGAAUAUGGUGCAGAGAAAAAGGUAUCACAAAACAGCAGCGUCUCCGCAGCAGUGAUGCUGGGUGUACCGAGCGGAGUUAUGCUCAAGCUCAAAUGGACCUGCUCGACCCAAACUAUAGUGGUUCCAAUACAUUUAUGUGAGGAAGUGAUACCGUCUGCCGUUUUCUACGCAACCGUAGUGCCCGUAGUGUCGUGGCUGGUGCUGAAGAAACUCAUCCUGGAUCCUAUAGCCCGUGAGAAGCAGGAGCGAGAACGGCAAAGGUCUAUGGAGGCCAAUCACGAAAGAUUACAGGAAAUGCAGCGUGAGGCGAGAGCAACCGUAGAACUGAUGAAGGAGACAUACUCUAGAAUUAAGAAUGAUGAAGAGAAGAAGAAGGGCUUAGUGAUAAUACGCGCGUUGUACGGGAAAUUACCAUCAGGUGCGUCAAGUCAUGAUAUACCGGAGCCGACGGGAGACUCGAUAUCACCGGAGUCACCUUCACCCUACAGUGAAGUUAUAGAUGUCACAAUACCACUACAGUGCUUAGUGAAAGACACGCGGUUGGAAUUAUUGGCGGCUUGUAAGUCGGAGUUACCUGGUUUCUUCGACCCGUGUGCUGGUGAAGACAAGCACCUGACAGUCCAAUAUUACUUCCACAACAACCUCCACUGCUGCACCGUCACCGACAAGCAAGCUCUAGUCCUGCCACGCAAUAAUCAUCGAAUAAAGAAUAGAUCCUGAAAAUUUAAGUCGAAGCGCAAGUGUUUGUUCACUGCGCUAAGAAGAAGAGCUUACGAACCGUGAAUGAGUGAUGGACGAGCAAUUCCUUCUAAGGAACACAAGGCAUAUGGUCCGUGCUCACUUGUUAUACGUUAUAAACACGUAUCUGGAUUUUGUUACAAGUGAUCCUCACUGUGGGUCACCGUCACAAAUGGAUUUCCAUCCUGUUACGUUUGAACGGUCCACAUGGAUGUCAACAAUGGUACAAAGUUAUUUCGUUGAAGUUGAUGCUAAAAGAUAUAUACUGUUGUUAUAAUUAGAUGUAAUUAAAAAUAUUAGAUCGGGCUUUUAUAUCAAUGAAUUCAUAUAUAUACAGUUAUAUAUGUAUCUACCAA